AUGGCUCUUUUUACAUCCUCUCAAGAUCAUGUGCAUUGCUGUCCUACACAUUUAUAUCCAGAAAGAAGUCAAGGAGUAAUGGAGGCUGAUCAUCUUGUUCGGUGUAAUUCUGAAAUGGCUACCUAUAUUCUUGAUCCUCACACUUUCAGGCAUAGUGUUGUUGUUCCAUAUAAAAGUUCUUCUGGUAGAAUUGAAUUUGAUUUGGACGUAGAUAAAUGUGAUUCUUUACCUGUGCAAAAGAAAAAUUCUGAAAAUUGUUUCACACUAAAAUAUUCCAAUGCCAAAAAUAAAUUAUAUGUUAAGCAAGGUGAACGUUGUCCUAUCAGUUUUUCAUCAACGCUAAAGGAAUAUAGUGACGUAUACAUAAGGACAGUUGCUCUUUUCAAAAUAUCAUCUGACGUUGUGCAUUGCUGUCUUCAACACUCCUUUUCCGAGCAUGUUUCAGGAGUUCCAGAAGCAGGACACUUUGUAAGAUGUGAGUCUGAAACAGCUGUCUAUUUAUGUGAUCCUGAAACUAAUAGGCAUAGUGUUGUUGUUCCUUUGGAAUGCCCACCUGCUGGACAAAACGCAACGACUUACCUAUAUAAAUUUGCCUGUCUUGGAUCGUGUGUCGGAGGGCCUAAUCGUAGGCCGUUAAUGUUGGUGUUUACUCUGGAGAGGAGAAACAAAGUUCUUGGUCGACAAGUUGUGGACUUAAAAGUCUGUGCUUGUCCAGAAAGGGAUAGAAAAAAAGAAGAACAGCAACAACAUUCCCCAAAUCAAAAAGCAUCAUCCAAAAGAAAAUUUUCUCAGCUAACUGCUGAGGAGCUGGCUGGUUUUCAAGUAGAUUCCUUUGCAAAUGUUCCAACUGAUAAUUUUUAUACAUUGGAGUAUCACAAGUAG